UUUUGCAUUUAAUUAGAAAUAAAAAUUGAUGAAAACAAGAUGGAUUAUUCAAGAGGAAGUUACCCAGGUUACGAACAGACACCUCAAAAUUCCCAGAUGUACUUGCCUCAGCAAUAUGGACCUCCUUCCCAUCCAUCUUUUGGAAGAGUAUUUUAUGGAGAUGGAGGCAAGGGAGGCAACAGAAAAAGAAAAGGCGUUAAUCAUAAAGAUUCUGAUGAUGAAGAUAGCCAGCAAAGCACACCAUAUAACCAGGAACAAAUUGACAAAGAAAAGUUUGCUAGUAGGGAGAGCCAUUGUGAGAUUGAGAGAAGAAGAAGAAACAAGAUGACCUCCUACAUUAAUGAACUCUGUGAUAUGGUACCCACAUGCAGUACCUUAGCUAGGAAACCAGACAAACUAACUAUUCUUAGAAUGGCUGUUUCUCACAUGAAAACACUGAGAGGUACUGGUAAUACAGGAACAGAUGGGUCAUAUAAACCUUCCUUCCUCACUGAUCAGGAGUUAAAACAUCUUAUUCUAGAGGCAGCAGAUGGAUUCCUGUUUGUUGUUCAAUGUGAUACGGGGAGAAUAAUCUAUGUGUCUGACUCCGUGACACCAGUGCUUCAUCAAUCUAUGAAUGAAUGGUUUGGAAACUGUGUCUAUGAAUUGAUCCAUCCAGAUGAUAUAGACAAAGUAAGAGAACAGCUAUCCACAACAGAAUCUCAAAACACAGGAAGAAUUCUAGAUUUAAAAACUGGAACAGUUAAAAAAGACAGUCAUCAAACGUCUAUCAGACUUUGUAUGGGGUCCAGGAGAGGUUUUAUAUGUAGAAUGAAGAUGGGUAAUGUCCAGGUUGAUCCAAUGACAGCUAAUCAUUCCUUACGUGUCCGUCAGCGUAACACCAUUGGGCCUUCUAAUGAUGGGAACCAUUACACUGUUGUACAUGUCACUGGGUAUAUAAAGAACUGGCCUCCUGCAGGUGUACAGAUUGAUAGAGAUCCUGAUGAGAAUUCUGGUCCCGGCAGCCAUUGUUGUUUGGUUGCCAUUGGUAGACUGCAGGUGACUAGUGCACCUAACUGUAAUGAUUUAAUGGGAGCUAACAAUGCCACAGAGUUUGUUUCCAGGCACAGUAUAGAGGGGAAAUUUACUUUUGUAGAUCAGAGGGUUACAGCUUUACUUGGUUAUCAACCACAGGAAUUGCUAGGAAAAUCAGCUUUUGAUUUUUAUCACCCAGAAGAUAAAACUCACAUGAAAGAUACUUUUGAACAAGUGUUAAAGUUGAAAGGUCAAGUAAUGUCUAUAAUGUACAGAUUUAGGGCUGCCAAUAAUGACUGGGUAUGGCUGAGGACCAGUAGCUUUAGUUUCCAGAACCCUUAUACUGAUGAAGUAGAGUACAUUGUUUGUACUAAUACAUCAGCAAAGACAGCUCAACAAGGUUCAGCGGGCCCUCAGUCAGGAAUACCAAAUCCAGCUGAUCAGGCACAAGAUCCACAGAUAAAUACAUUUAGUAAUCCACCUCGUCCAUUACCUACAGACAAUCUGGGAAUGACAUCCUCAUCAAAGGCUGACUACACUAAUCAGUAUAGUCAUCCAGAGGCUGGGGGAUAUCCAUCAGUUCUCACAAGUACCAGACAGGUUGGACAGGACAUGUAUGGGUUUAACUCAUCUGCACAGAUGAAAUACCCCUCUCCUAAUGUGUCUGCCUCCAUGUCAAUGCCACAAUCUGCCUCAGGGAGAGGAGGAGGUAUGUCACAUCUCAGAAGAAGUCCAAACCCAGAGAGUAGAUGGCAAAACCAGGCAGGAUUCUCACAAAAUCAGGCAGCAGAUUAUACCAACAAUUCACAGUCAGGAUUUUCUCAGAUAAGUCCCAACAGUUCAUCUCCAGCUGGUGCCCCUACUUACACCCAACUAGGAAGUAACCAGACAGCACCAAAUUCACAACCUAAUUCUUUCUCUCAUUCCUCCGCUGGUGGAUCUGGACCAGUUAUAUGGCCACCUGCUUCUCAUUGGCAGGGAGGUGGAGCAGACGUGUCACAGCAGCAGACACAACCUCAACAGCAGACGACACCACAACAGCAGCAGCAGCAGACAGAAGAAUUCAGUGACAUGUUACAAAUGUUACAACAGCCUGGGGGACCAGAAUUCAGUGACUUUACAAUGUUUAAUCCUCUAGGUGAUUAAAAUACUAAAUUUUGGUCUGAAUGUUUGUGUAUGUGCCAUUGUUGAACUACAUAGAUGCUUGCCUGAAAGUUUAGGGAUACAGUUUCAAUCACAAUUCUAUUAAACAAGCAUUUAUAUUCAGUACAAUGAUAAGACAACUCUGUAUGAGUUUAUUUAAUGUUUAUAUUGCAUAGGUUUUACAUGCAACUGGAAGACAUACAAAAUAUUGUGAUAUUCAUAAUUGAUUAUAAUGUCUUAUGUCAAAUGUAGUGUAUUUUCUUUUACUUUUAAAAAUAUUGAUUAUAAAAUACACUUAUUUAUCAAUUACUAUAGUGUCUGUAUUUUUUAGGACAGUACUUGUUGUUUUCUGUUUUCACUCAAAACUCCUUGACAAAAGUUGAAUUCAUUCAAAUGACCUACAAGAAAAUAUCUAGAAAAUUAGAAAGAUAUAUAUUUUAUGAUAAUAUCCAAUGAAAACGGAACACAGGGUAAAACUUAAUACAGUAAUGCUAAUUUGUUUCUUAAUUGUUAUUCAUAUAUGUUAUUGCUUAUAAGAUACAAUGACUUAAUUGUCCUGUACAAAUACUGUAAAAUAUUUAGCUCAUAUAAUUUUAAGAACUGGAACAGUUAUGAUUGGUGUUUUAGCCCUAAUUUGACCAAACUGAUUCAGAAUAUCUGCAUCAUUGCAUUGUAAAAAGAGAUUAAUUUGAUAGUAUUGAGAGAUGACAUACCUUAAUAGCUAAACAGCAUCUCUCAUAUAAGUGAAUCUAACAAAGCAGUAAGCGGGAUCUAGGAUUGGAACCCCCCCCCCCCAAAUGAGACCCCCAUAAAAGAAGAAGAAGAAAAAUUGUUUGAACUUCAGCUUAUCAUCAGGGUUAUAUAUGUCGGAGAAGUUGAGACUUCAGGCAUGGCAAAAUUUAUGGGAGGGUUGGAUGCCACAUUAUAUUUUUGUCUUUUGGGUGACAGUGGUAGAAGCAUUUUCAGUUCAUAGGAAAUUAAAAAUUAAGGGUGGUGGGGUAUGAAAAAAGUUUUGUCCAACCCAACCUCCUCUUACAUUUGCCCGGAAUAGGGUUCAAAGCAUGCAGUGGUUAAACAUGUGAAGUAUGAAUGAUGAGCAUGCCCAUAGGUUCACUUACCUUAGAUCUUUUGUCCAUCAUUGUAAAUUCAACUUUUUAUAUUGGUAUUUAUAUUUAUACUUGUAAAAUUCCAUUGCACACUUUACUUAGGAUAAGAUUCAUAUUUUGCAAUUAAAAAGUCGAACAUUCAUCGCUACUUUCACAGUAUGAGUUUAAUAAUGACAUGUUGCAAACUGUUUAUAUCUUGUUAUUGUCUGAAAGUUAACAUUGUUUUUGAUGGAUGAACAUUUAUCAUAUUUUAACAAAUUUUAAAGUCAUAGUUUUAAUCAUUGAAAUUAUUAUUUUAACUGUUUUAUAUCAGCUUUAUUAGAACCUGUUUGUUAUAUGUAAAUGUUUGUUGUAGUAAUAAAAAUAUGUGCAAUUAG